UUCAAUAAUCACUUAUUGUGCUCCCCAACAUUUAACGAGGCAAAGUUUUUGGGCUCAGCAGAGGCGCAUCGACUUGUUCCACAAAUGAAGCGAAUGAUGUAUAACAUCACAACCUUGAUGGACUGUGUAACCUGUGAGAAAUGCCGUGUGUGGGGAAAACUUCAAACUAUGGGCAUUGCCACAGCACUCAGGAUUGUUAUGCUUCCUGAAGACACAGUAACCGGCCUCAGUCGUGGGGAGAAGGUCUCACUUGUCAAUCUUGCCCGUCAGCUUGCGAUUUCAGUUGAGAGCGUGCACGUACUGGAGGAUGCCUGUCAAAUAAUGGAAACUGUGCAAAAUUAG